GUAGGUACUCUGCCUGUCCGGCUGUGGAUUAGUGAAGCAUCACUAUAUUGUGUGGAGCAUCACUAUACUAUGUGGAUUAGUGAAGCAUCACUGUAUAUGAAGCAUCACUAUAUAUAUCACUAUAUGAUGUGUAUUUAUGACCUUCUGGUAUCUGCUUUUCGCCGUCGACAUGGGAAAGGAACAGAGCAAGCUCAAGCCGAGAGAUCUCCACGAAUUGACAACAAUGACGAAAUUCAGGGAGCAGGAAAUCAAAAUUUAUCACAAGGAAUUUCCAAAAGGGAGUAAAUCUGGAACGGUGACGGUGAAUGAUUUGAAAAAGUUGUGCUCGAAUUUCUUCCGGGACGGAGACCCAUCGGAGUUUGCCGAGCACAUAUUUCGGAUUUUUGACCAAAAUGGCGACGGUGUAUUGGACUUUCACGAGCUGAUUGUGUCGAAGGCGAUACUGAAGAAAGGCGAUGUCAACGAAAGAGUAAAAUGGGCGUUUGAUAUUUAUGAUAUUGAUGGCAAUGGGUAUAUAACAAGGUAAUAAUACUUUUAAAUCUGAGAACGUAUGGCUAAAUUGCAGUAUAUCAAUCCACUUUUGAAGGUAUCACCUGUUAUCAUGAUACUCGAUGAUACGAAGUGAAAAUGAUUACGUAAUAACUAUAUAACCGCGCUAUUAUAAAAACCUGGGUAACCUAUAUUUUUGCGUGAUACGAUGAUAUAAACAUGAUUACGUAAACAGCAUAUGUUUCUUUCUUUAAUAAUACAAAAACAAUAAACUAAACACCAUAUACUUCUUUCGUUAAACCAAAACGCCUCUAAAUAUCAAUUAAUACUGCGUUCACUCAUACGUUUUUACUUUUAGCGCGAAAAACAAGCUAAAGCCAACCCACAUAUAAUACAUUGCAUACUCACAAAAUAUUCCCCCUGCAUCUCCAGUAUGACUAAAUAAAACAUUCAUCCGUUAUGCAUAUCAGAAGAGACAUUAGGCCUACAAACCACGUUUUUAAUUGCCUCGUUCUCAGUUUCAAUAUUCUAAUUGUUCACAAACAUAUUUAUCAAUUCUGAACUACUUUUAGUAUGUAUAUAUGUGUUUGCCUUGUUCUUUGAAAGCACGUAUCAAUAUAUACACAAAUGUAUGUAUACAGCUAUUUCAAUUAAGGUUGUCCACGAGCAAAGCGGAAAAGUCGAAUACGAGCGCGAGAGGCUGCUGGGAAUCGCUUUGAAAAUUCAUUAGUCUGUUAGCGAUUCCCACUAGCAGUCUUUCGCGCUCGUAUUCAACUUUUCCGCUUUGCUCGUGGACAACCUUAAGGUUGCUCCCUAGGGUUUUAUUUCCGGGGGUUACGUUCUUCGUAUAUAUGUAAUCAAAAUAUAGUAAAAAUUGCCAAAAUUAAACCCAAAUUUCUCCCUUUUCCAUCGGUGAAAUUUUUUAAAACUUUGCACAUUUUUCACAUUGACACAACAAGUGCAAUUUCCUUUUUUCUUAAAAUUAAAUUGACGUUUUUAAAUUUUUUUAAGAAACGUAUCGAUUUAAUUUUUUUAAAUUGAGGAAAAAAAUCAUUAUACAAGUAUUAUCUUUUAUGCGAAGUUUUAAAAAAUUUCACCGAAGGGAAUUUUCAAAAUGACUUGGAAAAGACAAAUUUUGAGCUUUAUUCUAAGCAUGCUGCUGUCAUGACAACAUAUUUUUAACACAAAAGUAGCAAUUUGCAAUGUUCAGGAGAACAUUGUCAAUGUGUCCAAUAAAUUUCGUCUUCAUAUCAUGUAAACUGAAGAAACAAGAUUCUCCUGAAUACUAUAGACUGUAGUAAUUAAAAAACCCUAGGGAGCCACCUUAAUUGAAAUAGCUGUAUAUAAUUUCAGACAUGUAUAUGUCAUACCAUUUUAGACGAGAUUAUCUAAAGUGCGAGCUGCGAGUUGCGAGUUACGAGUAUAUUGUUAAUUUAAUAUCGGGUUUAAUUUUAACCUAGCCUGCGUGGCAGGCCCUCAAAUUUAUGGGGGCAGGAUUUUCGCGGGCUCCGGGGGAGAAUUAAGGGCCUGCAGGAAAGCCCGCCUUUCGUGACUACACGCCCCAGUCAUAACAUAAUUAAUUGGUUUCUAAAAAUAUUCGCACGUAAACAUGUCAAUCAAACCAAAUUGCGAAUUAUUAAACUCAAUAUUAUAAUAGAAUUUAAUACAAUAUUGCAGAUUUUGUAAAUGUUGUUUUAAAUUAAACAGCAAUUUGGCAAUUUUACGAAAAUUGUUCAUGUUUCAACACAAAACCAUCAAGAAAACAAUCUUUCGGAAUUGUGCUCUCAGAUUAUAUGUGAGAAAGUUGGCCUCAAGAAAAAUUCUAAAAGUGCAUGAGCUUGUAACGGAAUUAAAAUCUUUUGUUAAUACACUACAGUACUACACGAGAAGUUUCAACACCAUUACCAGCCCAAAGAUGUAGAAACAUCAGGAAAGCGUAAACUGUUAAUUCCUGACCCGCUGACCGUGGCGCUAGUCCAUUCAACCAAACUGAAUCAAAUCGCGUUUGUUCUCCGCUAUGUUUUCAAACAGGUAGGCCGGGUAGUAUGUCUAGAACUGAAUCGAAAUCUGCGCGUAAAAGUGCUUGUUCAGCAGCAAUGCAAAAGAUGAUCUCACUGGCCAGUCAUCAAGAAAUAGCACAGGUACUGCAGACAACGUGGAUGUAAAUACUGAUUCUGACGAUGUACCGAAGUAAGCUGAACAUCGACGGCUUGAAAACGUGUGAAGGGCGUUCGUCACGAUCGUGACUAAAACACCACACGAGUACAUACGAGUAACAUACGAGUACAUACGAGUACAUACGAGUAACAUACGAGUAACACACGAGUAACAUACAAGUACACACGAGUAACAUACGAGUACAUACGAGUACAUACGAGUACAUACGAGUAAAAUACGAGAAUUAGCACGCUUUCUUUAAAGUUUCUUUCACUUUCACACUUUCACUUUGGCUUCGUAUUAUGUUCAUGUUGUAAAUGCCUUAUUGACAUAGGCGUACGAGACAGGGGGUAGGGGGGGAGGGCAACUGCCCCCCAAAAUUGUGGAAAACCAUGGAAAUUCGGGCAAACGCUAGGAAAAAUCAAGAAAAUUCGGGCAGAUUUAUGAGAAAAUAUGUUAAAAUCAGGUUAUUUCUUUACAAUUCUCCAUAAAAAUUCAGGCAAACUUUCAACCCCCCCCCCCCCAGAAAACAUCAGCCCCGUUCUCCCAUGCGUAUUGAUGGAUUUCGAAGCCUCGCACGACGUAGAAAAAGUAAUUAAUUAAUAUAUAUAGAAUAAAGAUUUGUAUGUUCUAAGACUCUGAAAAGGUUUAAAUGUAGUAUAUUGCUCACAGGCUGUCAGAGAGCUUUUGUAGUAUAUGAAAGUGCAUGUUUGCCAUGUUGUUUAUACGUCUGUAGUCUAUGUGUUUUGCAAAUUUAAUACGUGAAUUGUACACCGGGAAAUAUAAAAUACUUAGGGUUCAUUAUUUAUCGGUUGGGGAGGGGGGAAGGAGCUGUUGGAUUCUAAAAUUCAAACAACAUAAUAAAAAUGACCCUCCCUUUUAAUGUGUUUAAAAAUGUAGUCCACCCCUUUAGAAUUUUUAAAAUUAAAAUUUUUCACCCCCCUCCAACAAUAAAGUUAAGAAGAACAUAGUAUGGCCGUAUGGUAGUUUUUCCCAUCCUAUUCUUUUGUGUGCUCUUUACAACCUGGGGGGUAGAGAGGACCUUCAACUUGGGGAUGAUGGACAGGAUUUAGCCAACAGGGGGGGUGGGUGCGAAAUAAAAUCUAAAUCCACAAUAUAAUUGUGUAUAAUCUUGUCUAAGUAAGUAGAUAUGACCCCAAGAAGAAAGGGUUUACUUUGGGUUUUUAAAUGUAAAAUAUAUUUACUUUCAAUCAUCAUUCGGUUUUAAAAGUAAUUCGCAUUAUUUUAACCCAUCAUUUUCCAUCACGAAAAAUCAUGUCUUUUAUGCAUUAUACAGUUUUCGGACUUAUGCAAACUCACACCCCGAAAAUGCAGGAAAUCGCAUUUCAGGGACCCUAGAUUUCAAAAUAUUCUGGGGAGCAUGCCCCCAGACCUCCACUAAAAUGGCUCCCGCCUUUUGCGCUGGCUACGCCACUAUCUCUAUACUAUCUUCUUUAUAUCAAUGCUAUAAAAUUUUAUUGUCUCCCCAAAACACUUCUUCAAAAGAUUUAAACCACUCUUUUUAUUUUACACCUACAAAAUAUAUCCCCCCCCCAUUAUUUUACCAGCCCCCCCCCCCAACCGAUAUAAAUAAUGAACCCUAAGUAUUUUAUAUUUCCCUGUUGAAAACGUAUUAACAGGUGUACAAUUGACGUAUUAAAUUUGCAAAACACAUAGGAGAACGGGGCUGAUGUUUUCUGGGGGGGGGGGGGGGAGUUGAAAGUUUGCCCGAAUUUUUAUGGAGAAUUUUAAAGAAAUAACCUGAUUUUAACAUAUUUUCUCAUAAAUCUGCCCGAAUUUUCUUGAUUUUUCCUAGCGUUUGCCCGAAUUUCCAUGGUUUUCCAAAAUUUUGUGGGCAGUUGCCCCCCCCCCCGCCCCCCUGUCUCGUACGCCUAUGUCAAUAAGGCAUUUACAACAUGAACAUAAUACGAAGCCAAAGUGAAAGUGUGAAAGUGAAAGAAACUUUAAAGAAAGCGUGCUAAUUCUCGUAUUUUACUCGUAUUUUACUCGUAUGUACUCGUAUUUACUCGUAUGUUACUCAUAUGUACUCGUAUGUUACUCGUAUGUACUCGUAUGUUACUCGUAUGUACUCGUAUGUUACUCGUAUGUACUCGUAUGUACUCGUAUGUACUUGUGUGUUACUCGUAUGUUACUCGUAUGUACUCGUGUGGUGUUUUAGUCACGAUCGUUCGUCACUUAAAUUAACUGUGCUUAAAUCAUUAAAAGUGCUCUUAGGUCAUCCGAAUGGGAAUAUUGUGACGCGUAACCCUACAAACGAAAAAUGGCUGGACCACAGUGACGAACGCCCUUCACACGUUUUCAAACCGUCGAUGUUGAGCUUAAUACUUUUAUAUAGUACAUCAUCAGAAUCAGUAUUUACAAUUUUAUAUCCACGCACAUUAAUUGUUUGCAAUUAUCCUGUGCUAUUUCCUGACGACUGACCAGUGACGAUCAUCUUUUGUAUCGCUGCUAAAUAAGAAAAAAUAGCCACGAUCGAUGUUCAAGAUUUAUAGAUCGAGGAUUAAUAGAUAGCAACAAUAUUGAAAUCAAUAAAUACUACGGUUUUCCACUGACUUGGUAUUGACCAAUCAGGUGAUCGUAUUCACCGUUCAGAAUCUGAACGGCGUGUAGUCAUAAAAGACGGGCUUUCCUUGCAGGCCCUUAAUUCUCCCCCGGAGCACGCCAAAAUCCUGCCCGCUGCAAAUCAGGCCCCCCAUAAAUUUGAGGGUCUGCCGCGCAGGCUAAUUUUAACCCAGAGUUAACACUAACCUAGCUUUGAAGCACCGAACCAGGUGUUUACGCCUGUGGUUUACACUAAAAAAUCAAAUUGAAAACUGUAUGGCAUCCUGGCGGAUGGGAUUUUAGCUUUGUCUCAAUUUGGCGCCAAUUUUCAGCUUUUGAAAUAAACAUUCAUUGCAUUUAUUUUUAUACUUACAAGCUUGUAAAUAGCAAUCGUUUUUAUGUACUGACGGUUUUUUCCCGUGUAAAAAUAAUUUUUUGUAUGUAUAUGUAUGUAUGUAUGUACGAAUUGAAUUAUUUUAACUUCAGCUGUACUUCAUCCACGUCCCAGGGCUUUUCGGAUGGUUGUACUUCCGAUGAAAAGGACUUGAGUUUAGGGUUCGGAGCGUUCAGUAUACAUAAACAAACUGAGUCGGUGUCUAGUCAUACUUACUAAUAAAAUUAAAUAACUAUAUAUUUUAAGAUUAGAAAGCACAAAAUGGUCGGGAUAACUACUAGAUUUAAUUAAACACAGACACGGCAAAUAUAUUCAACUUGCACUUUUAUUUUCAGUAUAAUUCUUGAACAUGCGAACAAAGUAAACAAACAAGUAAAGGCCGAUUUUCAUCUCGACAGUGGUCCGAUUUUCAUCUCCAUGAGUGGAGCGGCGUAUGAAUCAAUGUCGCUCCAACGUCGCAUAAUGCGACAAGCUCUGCCGAACUUGUGUCGAAGUUUUGCCGCUCCAAAUUCUGCCGUACUUAAUUGAUUCAUACGUCGCUCUUCUGCCGUACCUAAUUCAUCAAUUAAGUUCGGCGCAUGAGAAGUACGCCGUCUGAAACGGGCCUGAAUUUUUCAAAUUCAAAUUAGCUAUAACAUAUUUUUGACAAAAAUAGUGAAAAUUUCAAUCUUAGUAUUUUGAUUUUAUUUGUUCUAAGAGGGAAAAUGGAAAAGGCGGCGGAGUAGGAUCUUUUAUUUCAAAUAGUUUAAACUACAAACUACGAACUGACCUGAAUAUAAACGAGGACAGCGGCGGAAAUCUUGGUCGGGCGGGGGGGAGGGGUCGACCGCCACCACCUUCACGGAAAAUUGCCGAAUUUUCGGAAAUUUUGACCAAAAAGAGGGCUAAAAACAGUCUUUUUGAGUGCAAAUGGGGGGGGGGUAUGUCGGAAAUUUAAAAGUUUUGUCGGAAAUUUAGGAGGCUUUGCCCCCCCCACCGCAAAAAGUGAAUUUCCGCCUCUGAACGAGGAUGGAAUAAUUGAAACGCUUUCAUUAAAAUUAUUUCAACAACUGGUAAAAAUAUUAUCGUUGAUACUAUCUACAGACAUCCAAGUGGCAAUUUUGAAAUGUUUGAAAAUAAACUAAAAUAAUACAAUACUAACGGAAGUUGACAAAACAAGGAAAAUAACAUAUUUAACAUUGAUCGUUCGAAAUCUGAUAAUUGUGAAUGGUUCAGUUUUUUUUAUACCCUGUAUAUCUUUUUGAAAACCCGCGGGCCAUAUCUAAUUAUUUACAAAUAUAUAUAUAUAGUUAUCAAUUACAUUAAUUUUAGUACGCGUAUUUUUUGGUUGUCACGCAAAAAUAUAGCUAGCUUACUCUUGCUUUUAUAAUAGAGCGGUUAUAUACCUAUUACAUAAUAAUUUUCACUUCAUAUCAUCGUAUCAUUCAAAAAUAUAACUUACGCAGGCUUUUAUAGCAGCGCAGUUAUAUAGUUAUUACAUAAUCGUUUUCACUUCGUAUCAUCGUAUCAUCGUAUUAGCCAAAAUAUAGCUUACUCUGGGGGCUUUUAAUAAUAGCGCAGUUAUAUGGUUAUUACGUAAUCAUUUUGACUUCGUAUCAUCGUAUCAUGAUAACAAGUGAGGUUUUCAAAAGUGGACGGGUAUUCUGCAAUCGCUCCACGUUAGUUGCAAAAAUCUUUCAGCCAUUGGAAAGACUUUAAUUAAAACGGAAAAAACACUAUAAGCAUGCAAUUAUUGCCUAUUGAUCAACAUGUGUCGCAAGGAUUAAGAGGAUUAAGCGAGAAGUACAACACUUAAUCUGACUGGUCAAAACGACAUAGUACGCGACUUUUGAUUGGAUCGCUAAUUUAAAAUGAUAUUUAUCAUAAUCAGCCCUAAUGAAUAGGACAAAUAAGCCUACUAUUUUUAUUCACACUUUUGAGAAAUGUAACUUUGUUUGAUUGACAUCUUUAUUUAAAACACGAGAUCCGUUUCGCAAGUUUUUUAAAACAUGUCAUCAUCGCACUGUUUCAUUGUCAUGCUGAUUAAAAUCCAUUGUUUGUAUCUGAAUAUCAUUUACUGAAAAGAACCCAUCUUACCCCUCUCAAUCCGUAUACGGCAGAAUUACAAAAUAGUAUGUACAUGAUGUGCACUAUCGCACAGCUGUAUUGCACAUAACACAACAAAGACGGAAAUCGUAGUGAGUCGGAAUCUUGAGACAUCCGACAUGCAUGAUGAAUGAAUAACAAAUUUAAUGUUGUGCGAGUGGAAAUAAGCGUUGGUAGCACUAUAUGAUAGGUUACUGACGAAUUUGAACAUAACAAUAUUUUGAUCAUUCAUGGCGCAUGUGAUUUCUAAGAUUCUACAUGUGGAAGAACAUUUGGACCUAUUGAAAAUUCGACUAUAACCCCAAAUUUGGUCAUUCUCAUUUGCAACGUUUUGACCACAAAGCUAUAUGAACGGCACAUUUAGUGACAGCAUUAAACAUUAUUUUUUGCUAAUUUACAAUAUAUUCCCGAAUGGUGCUAUGUCGAAACUACUGGGCUUACAACGAUCUCGAACACGGAGACACUUAAAAGAGAAAAAAAGGAUCAAGUUGUCUUAAAAAAAUAAUCACCGCAAUACUGCAUCAGGUCGGGGCGUUGGUUUAAAAUUUCUAUAUCGUCGAUUUCACGAGCAAUCAAAAAUAAGUUGUUAUCAGGAAAACGUUUAGAAUUUUGACAACAAGUACGAAAAAUGUAUUAUUCUAGAAAUGUAUUAAUAAAAAAAAGUGGUAUUUUCAACUAUCGAUCCACGACUUUUAACCCACGACCUCGACCUUUGAGUCUCGAUCCUCGCCGACAUGGACAUGACCCUUGACGAUUACCCAAGCUCGUCCAAUGGCAAUGGAAAACGGGCUUUACAUCUUAUAUAUACGAAAAUUAUUUGCAUCACCGCCACUGGAUGGUGCCGUAUUUGAAACUAUUUUUAAAUUUCUUAUUCCAGAAAUGAACUGCUCGGAAUACUAACAGCAAUCGAGAAGUUUAUAUCCCAUAAAAUAACGGAACAUUUGCAGCAGUUACGGCAAGUCAGAUAUUUGAACGUGUGGACACGAAUUCGGAUGGGAAGAUAUCUUUAGAAGAGUUUAUUGACGGAGCCAAAGUGGAUAUCGACUUAGCAGCCAUGUUGGAUAGAAUAUGAUAACCAAGAACGACCUUCACAAUUAUAUAUCUGAUAAAGCAGCUCCUGCUCGUGUUUUAAAUAGUACUUAAAACAAUCAUUAAUAACUUCUUAUUAACCGAACGCGAGGUAAUAUCGGACCGAGGUUUUUUCUUUAAAGACCAAGGUCCGAUAAUUCUCUGUACAUACCAAGUAAGCGAGGUUAAUAAAAAGUUUAUUAUAUGGCAUUAAUAUAGGCAUUUGUAUGCGUGUAAUAGUUUUGUUUGUGGAAACACCACGUAAAUUUAUUACUGCAAUAAAUUAUUAUUUAUUUUUAUGGUGGUGUUUCCACAAAUAAAACUAUUACAUAUCGCCAUGCAAACUUACAAAGAACUUAAGAAAUGCAUGAUUUGAAAUUAGUAGCCUGGUACACAUUUGGUCGAAGAAAACAAAAAAUACCAAUGUUUUCCUUCUUUUCCACUAAAAACCAUUCGCAGAUAUCUCAUCAACGGAUAUUUCAUCAGCGGUAUCAUGACUGCAUGAGGUUUAUUGCCAUGCUGUUUUCUGGAAGCUCUUCAGCCUUGCGCUGUUUACGUUUCUUUUUGUUUUUUCCUCUUCUAUCCACGUGAUGUUACUUCCCAGAUCGUCUUUAUUCGAGUACAUAAUAGGCGAGUUUACGCAUGCAAUGUACGACGGCUAAACAAACUUUUUGAAAUAAAUAAUUGUAUGAAAAUGUUGUCCUGUGUUUACUUUCUUGUGAAUUUAAUACAGUUUAGAACGAGUAAAACAGAGCUUUAACCUUCAGAGCAAUUUUGAUCAACGCUGUUAGAAAAAUCGCCUGCCACGGCUUGAAAUGCUAGCGUACUUUACAAGACCUGAAAAUAUGCAUUUUGCCGUCGUCAACAGAGCAUGGACGACGUCUGAAACUCCGAAUAUACUUUUAAUUAUUCAUUUCUUUUGUGCUAUAGGAAUAAUGAUAUUGUAUUGAUUGCGGUCGUCCUGAUCUGCCGUUUUACAUGCGUAAACUCCCUAAUGAUUGGUGCCCGGAGUAUUGCUACUAUCCUCCUGUAUUAUUUUGAUUCCUGUAGUCAGACUAGAUUUCUCGUUUUGAAAAAUUACCGCAAUAUAUGAAUAAUUUAGACAUUGUCCUCGCUCUGUUUACAACGCCAAAAUACAACGGAAUGCAACUAACAUCAUAUGCAUCAAAUGCAACUAACAUCAUAACUUUACAAGUCGUUCUCAGCUUGACCUUGUAGCUCAGACGGUAGAGCAUCGUUCUAGAAAUGCGAAGGUCGCGGGUUCGAAUCCCAGCCGCGG